CGUACGUUAUCAAGGCACAACGUACUCCGAGUCAGCAUAGCAGAGCAAUACAUGGAGAGCGUGGCGGCAGCGGCGGCGAUCUACCGGCUGCCGGAGGAGUGCGUUGCUCACGCGAUCGCCAUGACGACGCCCGGGGACGCGUGCAGCUCCUCGGCCGUGUCGCCGGCGUUCAGGGCCGCGGCCGACUCCGACGCCGUCUGGGACCGGUUCCUGCCGCCCGACCACGCCGCCGUCCUCGCCCGCGCCGACGACGGCGGCCACCGCGAGUGGUCCAAGAAGGAGCUCUUCACGCGGCUCUGCAACCAGCCCGUCCUCCUCGACGGCGCCACCAUGAGCUUCGGACUGGACAGACGCAGCGGCGCGAAAUGCUGGAUGCUGUCGGCAAGGGCGCUGAGCAUCGUGUGCGGAGACGACCCUGCGUGCUGGACAUGGACUGCCGACCUCCCCGGAUCAAGGUUUCCCGAGGUCGCUGAGCUGGUCGACGUGUGCUGGCUGGAGAUCACCGGGAAGAUGCAGCUCUCGUCGCUCUCUCCCCAGAUCACUUACACCGCCUACCUCGUAUUCUCCAUCGCCGAUGACUCCUACGGCCUAGAGUGCAACAUCGGCAUGCUGCCUCCCAAGGCCACAGUCACCGUCGUCGUCUCUGGUAACACCAAGCCGACAUCGAUGUCGACGGAGCACACCCUCUGCCUACAACACAUGCAGGGGGAGGAGGAGACGACGAUGCACCGGCGGAGGCAGGAAUACGUGCGGCCAUGGAAGAAUUACGGGCGAAAGGUGACGAGGGAGGCCGACAUGGACAUCAGGUGCCCCUGCCAAAGAGUAGAUGGGUGGAAGGAGGUUGAGCUAGGCGAGUUUGCCAUGGCCGGUGAUGAGGGCGUGGUCGAGGUGAGCUUCAAGGAGGUGGAGUGCCGGCGGUGGAAGAGAGGGCUCAUCGUGCAGGGCAUCGAGAUAAGGCCCAAACAUGCUAACUAGUGUGUUGAUGCCUUGAUGGGAUUGAUUGUCUUUUUUUUUUCUUCGGAGGAGUGCUGAUUUUAGAGAAAAAAAAAUCAACGCAUGCAGCUAGGA